AUUAUAGGAAAACCAAAACUAAAACUUAAGUAGAGAAACAACAUUAAAGAGAGAUUUUAGAGAAAAACAGAUGCAACCUGAGCACUAUUUUAACCAUGGACUAUAAUAAUACAAGCUACAGAUUAAUAUGUGCAGUUCGUGAAGGAAACCUAGAAGAAGCAAGGGAGCUAAUUACUUAUUUUGGACUAUCUUAUUCACAAGCAUGGUCAGGAGGAUAUGUUUUACUUUGUGAUGCUAUUAGGAAUAAGCAUACACAAAUUAUUAAACUACUUUUAACAAACGGUUCUAAAGUUAACAGCAAUACUGGAAAAUUUAAUCAUACACCACUUCAUUUUGCUGUUAUAAAUGGUGACAUAGAAAUUGUUAAGAUGCUUCUAGACAGACGUGCUGACGUUAAUGCUACAACUUGGUAUGGCACAACUCCCCUUCACUAUGCAAUUCAAUAUGACAAAAUGGAAAUUGCUGAAUUACUUUUCAAUCAUGGAGCUAACGUUAACGCCAGUAAUGAUGACGAUGUUACACCACUAUGUCUUGCUGUUCAAAGAAGACAUGUAGAUAAUGUUAAGAUGCUUAUAGACAGAGGUGCUAACGUUAAUGCUGAAACUCGGGAAGGCACAACUCCGCUUCACUAUGCGAUUGAAGAUGAAGAAAUGGAAAUUGCUGAAUUACUUUUAAAUCAUGGAGCUAACGUUGAUGCCAGUGACAUUUCAGGUUUUAUACCACUGUGGUUUGCUGUUCAAAAAGGACAUGUAGAUAAUAUUAAAAUGCUUCUUCACAGCGGUGUCUAUGUUAAUGUUCAAAGUCCGAAUGGCAAAACUCCGCUUCACUAUGCGAUUGAAAAUAAUAAAAUAGAAAUUGCUGAAUUACUUUUAAAUCAUGGAGCUAACGUUAACGCCAGUACCAUUAACGGUGAUACACCACUGCAUCUUGUUCUUCAAAGAUUACAUGUAGAUACUGUUAAGAUGCUUAUAGACUGUGGUGUCAAUGUUAAUACUCCGAGUCACUAUGCGAUUGAAGAUGGAGUAAUGGAAAUUGCUGAAUUACUUUUAAAUCAUGGAGCUAACGUUAAUGCCAGUAACGAUGACGGUUUUACUCCACUGCGUUUUGCUGUUAUAAGAAGACAUGUAGAUGAUGUUAAGAUGCUUAUAGACAGAGGUGCCAACGUUAAUGAAACUCGGAAAGGCACAAUCAAAAAUCUGCUUCACUGUGCGAUUAAAAAUAAUAAAAUAGAAAUUGCUGAAUUACUUUUAAAUCAUGGAGCUAACGUUAACGCCAGGGACGAUUACGGUGAUACCCCACUGUGUCUUGCUGUAAAAAACAGACAUUUAAAAGUUGUUAUGAUGCUGUUAGACAGAGGUGCUAACAUUAAUUCUAUAUCAUGUAAGGUUGAUUAUUGUUGUUAUCGUGGUUAUGAUCCAGUUGCUGAUUUUCUUAUACAGCAUAUAGUUAAGAUGAAAAUUGCAAACUUAUACGUAAGUGAACAAUUAGUAACGAUUUCAAUGAGUAACGAUUAUGAAAUGAGAUUAUUACGGGAUUCGUAUGAAGUAGAAGUAUUAUUCAUGAAGUAUAAGAAAAUUAGUAAUUCUAACAUUUCAUUUUAUGAUAUCUUGAUAAAAGAUACAAAUCUAUUAGCAAUAUAUAUGAGAAAUGAAAAUGUAGUGCAGGUUCUAAGAUCAGAAGAUUAUAAAACAAAAUUUCCACUAUACGCUAGCAUGAUAAAAAUUGGUUUUUACGUUUAUAUUCUCUUGGAUAUGUUUGCUUAUGAUGAAUCCAAGGAAAACUAG